GUGGCGGGGCUCCGGUAGCGCUGCGCUCCGACUUGCCCAGUGUUGUCACUGUUACCUCUCCACUCAUGCGGACCCGGCUGAACCUCGGGAACUAGCUGGAGCUCCGCUGGACUGUGUCGGGCGUGCAGCGCGUCGGUGCACGGUGGACUAUGGCUGCCAAGGAGGACCUGUACAGCAAAAUUCUCCCCCGGAGACUCCGGCAGAACCGGUCGGGUUCGGCGAAAUGCGGCUCGAACCUGGAUGUGUUGUUGUCCAUGGGUUUUCCCAAACCAAGAGCACUGAAAGCUCUGGUAUCAACAGGAGGUCGGAGUGUGCAAGCAGCAUGCGACUGGCUGUUUUCACAUGUGGACGACCCCUUCCUGGACGACCCCCUGCCCAGAGAGUUUGUCCUGUACCUGCGGCCAAGUGGUCCGCUACAGAACCAGCUCUCCCACUUCUGGCAGCAGAGCCGUGUCACUUGUGGCAAGAAUAAAGCCCACAACAUUUUCCCUCACAUCACUCUCUGUCAGUUCUUCAUGUGCGCAGACCACAAGGUUGAAGCUCUGUGUGAGGCCCUGCAGGUAACUGUACAGCAGUGGAGAGGUCGGUUUCCCAGCCCACUUCCACUAGAACUCUACACAUCAUCCAACUUUAUUGGGCUUUUUGUUAGGGACCAGUCAGCUGACGUCCUCAAGCAGUUUGCAGCUGACUUUGCCUCUGAGGCCGCAAGGAAGGCAGAAGUGCAUGUUGAGGCUCACAAGAAGCAGCUGCAUGUAACUCUGGCCUACAACUUUCCCUCUGAUCACCUUCCAUCACUGGAAAAACUUGCCAAAGGUAUUGAAGUGAAGCUGGGCUGUGAUUGGCUGGCCGUCCUGUUUUCCAGGGACAUUCGUUUUGCUAAUCACGAGACUCUUCGAGUGAUGUACCCAUACAUCCCUCAGAACGAGGAUGAGAUGGAGCUGGUUCCUGGAGAUUUUGUCUUCAUGUCUCCUGUGGAACAGAAUAAUACUAGCGAGGGUUGGUUGUACGCUACCUCGCUGACCACAGGGUUGUCUGGCCUCCUGCCGGAGAAUUACGUUAGCCUGGCCAAUGAGUCUGAUACCUGGGUCCUCCAUGGCUCCCAUUCCUUCUUCAGCUGUGGACCCAGUGAUAAGACCAGUAAGGAGAGGUGGCCGUUUGAUGGGCUGCUGGAUAGCCGGCGCAACGACAGCACGAGUCCUGGAGACACACCCACCCUCAGUCUCAUUUGUCAUCCAAUGCAGCAGGUUCUGCGACUGAGCGCCGGCCACUCUCGGCAGCCCAAACGUACCCUUUUUGUGUGUCGACACGGUGAGCGGAUGGACGUGGUCUUUGGCAAACAGUGGCUGUCGCUCUGCUCCGAUAGUAAAGGUAGAUAUGUACGUUCAAACCUGAAUAUGCCUCCCAGUUUGCCACUGUGGGGAGGACAAAGGGACUACGACAUGGACGCUCCCAUCACUGCGUUUGGAUCCAUUCAGGCUCAACUAGUGGGUGAAGCCCUGUUAGAGAGCAACACAGUCAUAGAUUUUGUGUACUGUUCUCCCUCUUUGCGGUGUGUUCAGACCGCACAGAACAUUCUGAAAGGUCUACAACAGGACGGGAAGCUGAAGGUGCGAGUGGAACCGGGGCUCUUCGAAUGGACCAAGUGGGUUUCUGGGAGCUCCUUGCCUGUGUGGAUCCCCCCCACAGACCUGGCUGCAGCCCACUUCAGUGUGGACACAACAUACAGACCUCAGAUCCCCAUCAACAAGCUCACUGUGUCAGAAUCAUAUGAGAACUAUAUGAGUCGGAGCCAUCAAGUUACCAAAGACAUCCUCUCCCAUUGCAAAAACACUGGAAACAACGUGCUGAUUGUAGCCCACGCAUCUUCCUUAGAGGCCUGCACACGCCACCUGCAGGGCCGCAGCCCACAGAGCGCUAAGGACUUCAUCCAAGUAGUCCGGAAGAUUCCAUAUCUGGGCUUCUGCUCAUGUGAGGAGCAGGGAGACACAGGAGUGUGGCAGUUAGUGGACCCGCCCAUCCUCCCCCUCACACAUGGACCAAACCACACCUUUGACUGGAGAGAGAUACUUCUGCAAGAAUGACGCCUGAGCAAGCCCAUCUUCCCCAGCCUGAUUGUAUUUCACAACAAUAUACAUUUUAGCCUCAUCGCAUAGCUGGUAUGAGAAAAAGAGCCUGUGUCUUGUGAGCCUUGUGAAGAAAAGUGGGUAAAUUGACUGGCUCCAUCUAUGGCAAAUUUCUAUUUGUAUUUUAUUUUAGCAAGAGUAAAGGAGAUGAUAAUGUGAAAAGUACUGUAUGGUAUGUUUGGGAGAGCUCUCAUUAACAUUCAGGUCAUCCAUACUUUCUACAUUCAGUACUAUUUUUAUCUUUCAUUUCUAUUUGCGUCUCAGGACAUUUUGUGAACUUACAGUACAGUAGCAUUACUGAUGCCUUUGUGCAUGAUUAGCAAUAAAGGUAUUUUUCCAAACAUGAAUGUAUGUCAUGAAGUAAGCAGGGCUACAUUUGGUUUGUAUGACUGAAGUAAUGUCAUUUAAAGCACAAAUACGGAGAUUAUAGUUUAGCUACUGCAGCUGUUGAGCUUGGAUGGAUCCUUACCAACAUUCCUUUAAAAACAUAUUUUUAAAAGUUACUAAAAACAGAAAAAACAAACAAAUGGAUAAUAAAAGGUUUGUGAGCAUGUAAGGACAAACCUUUUAAGAGUGUUACAUCUGAGUAUACUGACUUGAUUAGAGCAUGUAUAUGCUAACCUGCCCAUCGAUUCAGCAUUUUCUAGACUCUCUAGAGAAUGGACAGGACAUUCAUAUUUGGCCAUCAGGAUGACGUGUGUUUCACACUUAGGCAUCUUUUUUAUGUUAUAUAUUACAUACUGUAGAUAAAGUACAAUAUUUUCCUGUAAUAACAGCAAUGCAGUAUGUAUGUAAAGCUAACACUGAAGUGGUUGUAUGCAUUGGCAUAUAGAAUAGAAUAGAAUAGAAUAGAAUAGAAUAGAAUAGAAUAGAAUAGAAUAGAAUAGAAUAGAAUGCCUUUAUUAGUCCCACAGCGAGGAAAUUCCCAUCAGCAGCCAGGUUGCUGUGGAAGCAAUUGCAGUAACACACGCACAUACAGUGGCACACAGUACAAGUGGAAACCUUGCUGGAAUUUUUUCUUGGGUUCAUCAGGACAGAUAGAUAAGGUCGGAGAGCAGACAGUGAGACUGUAAGGUGGGGUGGGAGGGGGUGUAUCUGCAUCAGUGUAGUGAAGUGUUGUUUAUACCAGAAUAGCAGAUCAGCGUGCUCAGAAAAAGACAAGACAAGACAAUGUGACAUAUGUAUAAUAUGUAGACAACACUUCACUGCCCCAAUGUCAGGACUGCAAUAAACUGCAGUUUCUUUAGAUGUGUAAGACAAAAAAGGUAAACCAGCUACAGGACAGAUAGAUGCAUGUGAAGAAUUGGAGCAGUCAAAUUUCAGAUGCAGCAGCAUACAUUUUUUAAAUGGCACAUUCAUGAGAGCAUCAACGUGUCAUCAACAAACUUGGAAGCUUGCGUUUUCUUUCUGCCUGUGAAAACUAGAAACUAGAUAUGCGCUCUCUCAGACACGUAUUCCUAAACUUCCGUAGCCCCCAUGUUGUCUAUGUUGUGGUGCCACACGUAGCUCAAAGAUCACAACCAUGUUAUGAAUCAGCACAAUCUGCAGUACAGUAUUGACAAUCAUACAGUAGCACCUUGAUUCUGGUCCAGCACCAUUUCAGUGGGUUUGUUACAUGUUUGUGUACAGGUAGAGGUAACUAAUCCUUUUUAAAACAAUGUCUUCCAUGUUUAUUUCUGUUUAUUACUGAACCUUUUCUUUCAGUUGUUACAAGUGAAAAGCAUGGAAACGAACAAUUGUCACUUUUAACAGUGGUCAAGAAUGAAGAACCUCUGUAUCUCAGGUUUUAACUGCGUUGAAGACCAUGAAGUGUUGCUGUGUUGUUGUUAGGGCCUCUUGGAAUUAAAGCAAUGUUUCCCAACUCAUA